CAUAUUCUCAAAGUCGAGACGGACAAAAAAACAGUCGCCUUCAACCAUACUCAGAAUGGGCAAUGGUACACCUCAUCUUACUCUUUUGGGAAAAUUCAACUCUCCGUUAAGGGUAAAGUGGAAAUCGCGGACUGCAACCUCCUGGCCCCUACAGUAGAGGAGUCGUGGGUGUGGUCGUUGGGCGGCGUGGGGGGCGUGCCGGUCGUGCCCCUGACCAUCGUGGCGGUGGUCGUGCUGGCCGUGCUCAUCACCCUGGGCGUGGUCUGGUGGCGGAGGAGGAGGAGCCAGAGCAAAAACGUGACGUCGAAGGCGGUGCAGCUCGACAGCAUCCGACACACAGGAUACGAGCCGAUCGACACGAGGGAGGAGAAGGAAGGGGGCGCGGAGGGGCCGAGGGAGAACGAGGGCGUGGUCAGGGAUCCCCAGCUUGACCAGAUGGACGACUCUUAUGGACCGCAAGUGAACCACGGGCGUCCUCUGACCUCGUUCAGCAACAGCGGCACAUAGAACCAUCACCACAGGGUGUGCCGAGUGAGAUAGGUCUGUAGGGAAGCAUCUGUGGAGGUUUGGAAAAUCGUGCGUUUCUAAUUUAUUUCUGACUAUCACGUCUUACUGCGGAUCGGUCGUCUCUGCGCUAAGUUUCUGUAUUUUUUUUUUUCUUUUCAGCUUUUAUUUCUCACUCGUAAGAAACUUUUUCGAUGACUCUCUAAGUUUUCCUUUUUUUUUUUUUUUUUUUUGCCUUUUAUGCAUAUUUAGUUCAGUAUUCACGCCGAAAGGGCGGAUCAUAGAAUAUCAUUAUUUCUACCUCGCAUUUUACAUUUACGCAUUUUUGGUUUAAUUGUACCGUUUACAGAGGAAGAUCUGAGUGAUCUCAAGUAAGUCUUAUGAUGUUUCGUGUUUUUCUUUUAUGUCACAAUUUUAAGUGUAAGAAAGACAUGCUUAAACCCGUUUGUUAUGUAUAAUGAUAUAUCGGUGCAUGUAUUAAUAUAUAAUGUAACAUUAAUAUGGUAAAUGCUAAUCCAUGGUAUUAGUAUAACAUGGCACUGGAGACAACCAUUUUCAUUUCAGGAAGACAUACCUUAGAGACAUCUAUAUCGUCAAGCUUAUAUUACAUAGACUGGCAUGCUUGAACACACACACACACACACACACACACACACACACACACACACACACACACACACACACACACACACACACACACACACACAAUGUCUUUAAUAUUUUUUAGGGGAAAUUUAAGGCCUUAAAGUCUUAAAAACGGAGCCUUUUCUGUCGCAGGUCUUAAAAUGGUCUUAAAAAUUGCUCAAGCCAUAUCUUUGUUCUCGUAAAUUAGUACGUCUUAAAAAGUCUUAGAAAGGUAUUAAAUAUCACCAGCAUUAUACCUGCAAGAACCCUAAAGAAAGAAACACGAAGGUCUAGUAAAUGUACCUCAUUAUUGUGUGAAGUUAUGCAUUCUUCGUUACAGCCUUUUAGAAAACUUAACGUAGCUUAUUGUCCUUCUUUGUAAACCGCAUGCUAAUUAUCAGUGGUCUGCUGUACAAACCUUUAUUUAAGUAUGUCUGUAUCAUAGAAAUACAGAAAGAAUGAUCUGCAGUACGUGUUUAUUUGCAGUAUUUGUAAUAUGUUCCUGUAUGUUCAAAGUCUUAUACUUCAUGUAUAAUUUUUGAGACAUAGAUAAUAAAAUAGAUGAAAGGUUUAAAUAGCAAUGUUUAUUAAGGUAUUAUCUAAAAUUGUCGAAUUUUAAAAGAAAAGUCUUAUACUUCAUUCAUAGUUUUUGAGACAUAGAUAAUCAAAUAUAUGAAAGGUUUAACUAGCAAUGUGUAAUAGAGUAUUAUCUAAAAUUGUCGAAUUUUAAAAGAAAAGCUAAAAAUGUCAUGAAAUGUAGAUAUAAGACAGAACGUAUUUCCUUGUGUAUUAUUUUCUCUUUAAAUGGUAAGUCGUAUGUAAUCUGUAAUUAUUUCUCUGUAAUAAAAUGAUGUUUUCC